AGACAACGAUGGUCAAGCGAUGGAAGGCCAACACGCUGCUGGUGUCGGCUUGUGCUGUGCUAGCUGCAGCGCAGGACUCUGACACGCCGGCCUUCAGCAAAGCUUCCAAUGAUAGCCUGUUAUGGGGAGCUUACAGACCAAAUCUAUACUUUGGCCUUCGACCACGAAUACCGAAAUCCAUCCUGACUGGCCUCUUGUGGGCUAGAGUCGAGGACUACACUUCUGUUCAGAACGAUGUGCGAUAUACCUGCGAGCAGCAUGACGGCAUGGCUGGCUACGGCUGGGAUGCGUACGAUCCUCGAACAGGUGGUGUGCAGGUUGUGCACGACAAGGGCAACGGCAUCGACAUUGAGACCAGCUUCGUCAAGUUCGACGACGGCAAGGGUGGCUGGGGCGCCCGAGUGAAGGGCACGCCGCGACAAGAUGCCGGGCGAAGAGAAGGCAGCUCUGGAUCGGGGCCAGAGGACAUGAAGACUGCCAUCUGGUUCACAAUUAGUGCUGAAGGCCUGGGUUCCAUUGAGGCCCAAGACAGCGAUAGUGGUGAAGAGCAUGGCUACGCUGGGGAUGUGAUUCUGGACGGCCAGGCUCAGGGACUUGGAGACUUCAAGCUCACUGUGACUGCACCUAGGGGCAAUUCGCACCCUGUUCACAAUCAUCCUUCAUACCAGUCAAGACCAUUAGAUCAUACAUUUGUCCAUUCACAUCAACUGCCAGAAGAGGCUCUUUGGCAGGCCAAAGCAAUUCUAUUCAAUUCUAUGAAAAGUACAAUCGAUGAAUACAUCGAGGAGUAUACAUCGGAUAAGAUGCCACCGCCAUGGCAGACAUAUCUGAUUCAGAACAAGCCCGGCUCAGGAAACAUGCACUUCGUCCAGAAAGUGUUUGAGGGCGAAUUCGAAUUCGACAUUCUGUUCGCUCCUGAGUCCGCCGAGAAAGCUCCGACUUCAGAUGAUCUUACGAAACAGCUCAAGAAAGUCCUUGAGCAAUUCGAUGAGAAGUAUCUCGAUGUACACAAGCCGCUGGCUCCCUUCGAUGAUAAGAAGUGGCUGCCGUUUAGCAAGUCACUGUUCAGUAACUUGAUUGGUGGAAUUGGCUACUUCUAUGGCGACCAGGUCAUCGAUCGCUCCUACGCACCAGAGUACGAGGAAGAAAACGAGGGUUUUUGGCAAGAAGCCGAAGAAGCAAGAGCGCGCAACCAGCAAAAACUCGAAGGCCCUUACGAGCUUUUCACCUCGAUUCCCUCGCGACCAUUCUUCCCUCGUGGUUUCCUCUGGGACGAAGGUUUUCACUUGCUCCCCAUUCUGGACUGGGACGCUGAGCUCGUGAUGCAGAUCAUCAGCUCUUGGUUCAAUACGAUGGACGAGGAUGGUUGGAUACCUCGUGAACAGAUUCUCGGGUCCGAAGCUAGAAGCAAGGUGCCUCAGGAAUUCCAGGUUCAAUAUCCUCACUACGCCAAUCCACCCACUUUGUAUAUUGCGCUUGAAGCUCUCGUGGACAAGAUCGAUGGUAAGACCGGAGCAGGCGCCCCACUCGAAAAGACUGCUGGCGAUGUUGGGGGCCAGAAGCUUGCAAGCCCAGAGUCUGUAAAGGCAUGGCUCAAAGAGCUCUACCCUCUGCUUCAACGCAACUUCGAAUGGUAUCGAAAGACCCAGUUCGGAGACAUCAAAUCGUACGAUCGCGAAGCCUUCAGCUCAAAGGAGGCAUACCGAUGGCGAGGCAGGACCCCACGCCACAUCCUUACAUCAGGUCUAGACGACUAUCCACGUGCACAGCCACCUCAUCCUGGUGAGCUUCAUGUCGAUCUUAUCAGCUGGAUGGGUUUACUCAGCCGCAACUUGCAUAGGAUUGCGUCUUACCUUGGAGAGAAAGACGACGAGGCAAAGUACUCGAAGAUUGCGGAGGCGAUCCGAAGAAACGUUGAUGACCUGCAUUGGGACAACGACGAGAAGACUUACUGUGAUGCGACUAUCGAUGACUACGAGGAGAGUGUCCAUGCCUGUCACAAAGGCUACAUAAGCAUUUUCCCAUUCAUGGCUGGCCUUCUCGAUGGUAAGCACGAGCAUCUGAAGAAUAUUCUAGAUCUCAUCGCCGAUGAAGAAGAGCUUUGGAGUCCGCACGGCAUUCGCAGUCUAAGCAAAAAUGAUGAAUUUUAUGGCACUGAGGAGAAUUAUUGGAGAAGUCCGGUGUGGAUGAACAUGAAUUAUCUCAUUGUGAAGGAACUAUACAAUACCGCUCAGCAGCCCGGUCCGCAGCAGAAGCGUGCCGCCACCAUGUACAGUGCGCUGAGGAAGAACCUGGUCGAUACAGUCUACAAAUCCUGGCUAGAGACCGGCUUUGCAUGGGAACAGUAUAACCCGGAAACAGGCGCCGGUCAGCGAACACAGCACUUCACUGGCUGGACGAGCUUGAUUGUCAAGAUCAUGGCUAUGCCUGAUCUAAGCGGGAACAAGGGCCAUGAUGAGCUCUAGUGAGUACAUUACCUCUUUUGCGUAUGUAAACUCAUCAUGUAGACCUUGUAUGCAUCAACAUGACAAGCCUUUUGGUGGCUUCGCCUG